AUGGCAGCGUCGGAAGUUUCCGUAACCCCUCCAGUGCGUAUCUCCAAGAUCGCAGACCGCUAUCUCGUCUUCGACGCCCAAGAUGUGGCCAUCAUCCGGCGCAACCACAACAUCUGCUCCGUGCUGGUGGGGACUACACCCCAGAAUCCAACACAGAACGUGUUUUUGAGUCUUCCACUUGAGUUACUGCCUGAAGAGGCCAGCGUGCUCGUCGAGAAGAAGGUAGGCCAUCUCGUCGACGAGGCUUCGCACCACUUGUCGUCCCUUCGCUCCCCGGACGGGGCCACCCGCCAAGCCUACAUUGCACUUCUGAAGGAUCGCCGGCACACGGCCCAGAAGCUACUGGCCGAGGACCAGGCCAAAAGGGCAGCCACGGAACAGGCGCGGAGGGCCAAGGGCGCCAACUUACCUCCUGGUGACCAAUUGGACCCGUUUUCUUCAGAAACUCCCAUGUUGGACAGUCUUGCUAAAACUUGUGAUGGCGUGGAUGUUAAGUCGUCUUUGACGGUCACACCAACAACCAGCGAUGGCCUGCAGGCUAUUUCGAAGGAUUCGUUGGACUCGGUACCUCAGCCUGCUGCUGGCCCGUUGCAUCGGCAUCUACAGUCCAAGGGCUACUUCAUGACGCCUGGCCUGCGGUUUGGCGCCGAUUACAGUGUGUAUCCUGGCGAUCCACUGCGAUACCACGCUCAUUUCCUCGCCACAAACUACGACUGGGAUGAGAAGAUUCCCAUGCUUGAUGUUGUUGGUAGUGGUCGCCUAGGGACGUCGGUCAAGAAGGGCUUCUUGUUUGGCGGCGAGGUGCCCGACCUAGACAGCCCCAGGAGGCAAGUGCGCACGUUUUGUGUGGAAUGGGCUGGGAUGUGA